CAAUCGAUUAAGUGUAAAUUACAAGAGCUCGUCUUGUUAAAAAAAAUUUAUGUGUUUUUUUUUAAUUAAGUGCAAAUAAUUAAAAUAGUGAAUAAUUAUAAAAAAAAAAAUUAGAAAACAAUGUUAUUUCAUCACUAUUGUGAUUAAAAUAUAUAAACAAAAUAUCGUUUUUAAAAAUAAUUUAUUUCACAAUUCUAAUUCAAUUUUCUCCAAAUUAAUUAAAAAUGAAAAAAAAUAAAUUUACGGAAAAUAUGUGGUUUAGGAUAAUUUUUAUUUUUUCAUUAAUUUGCCAUUCAUUGGCUGAGGAUGUGAUUUUAAAUUUAAACACAAAACGACCAAUUUCUAUUACAAGUGAGAAAUUUCUCAGUUUUACAUUGGAUCCAGCGUGGAUUUUCUCUGGCGAUUUGAAAUUCAAUUUUUUAAGUUCAAAUUUGGAAAAAAGUAUUAACAUAGCAAAAGCUUUUUCACCUGCUUAUGUUCGUUUUGCUGGAACACAAAGUAAUUCUUUUACUUUUGAAAAUGAACAAUUUCUUCAGGACAAUCAAACAAUUUCCAAUCAGAACUUCACUGAGAAUAUUUUGAACGUGAUUAAUCAAUGGGCAGAAAAAUCGGGUCUGAAUUUAAUCACAUGCAUUGGACAACAAUUCAAUGAAAAUAGUGAAAAUGGAUCACAACUUUGGAAUGCAAUCGCUUUUAGUGAUCAAAUGGGUUACAAUACAAGUUGGCAGCUUGGAUAUGAAUGUCAAUCGAGAUGCGAUUUUCCUGGGGAAAAUUUAGGACAAGGAGUUAAACAUUUACGAAGGAUACUCAAUGAAUUUCCAAGAUAUUCAACGAGUCUUAUUGUUGGACCGGAUGUGAUUGAAUAUCAAACAAAAAAUCAACAACAAUAUUUGAACGAUUAUUUCAAUACGGCUGGAUCUGCACUUUCAUCAGUAACAUGGCAUCCAGAUUUUGAUGAAAUUUCUCUGAAUAAUGAUGAAGUAAUAAUUCGUGAAGAAAAUCUAUUGAUUGAGAAGAAAAAUUUGGAAAAAGCCACUGGACAAUCAAUAUUAGAAAAGCCCUUAUGGAUAGCUGAAUCGAAAGAAGAGAAAUGCAAGAAUCAAUUUAUCGGUGCACUUGUUUGGGCUAGAAGACUUGGAAAUGCAGCCAAAGUUGGUGCUCAAGUUUUGAUGAGGCAGCCCGACAAUUCAAAUUUAUUCAAACCAACUCCGGACUUUUGGGUGUCAUUACUACACAAGACUUUGGUUGGUCCUGAAGUUUUUAAUUUAAAUGUCCAAUCGGGAAAUGAAACUCAUACUCAGUUCUUCUGUCAAUGUACAAAAUCAUCUUUAAAAUAUAAAAAGGGAUCUCUCACAAUUUUUGGAAUUAACUUAACUCCUUAUAAAAUUAUAGCAAAUUUUAAAGGACUCAAAAUCAAAGAAGCACAUGAUUACAUUCUUUUGCCAGGAUUCGAUACUUCAAAUCGAAUGUUUUCUAAGACUGUUCUUUUGAAUAACAAGCUUUUAGAAUUGAAAAAUUCAAAUGAAAUACCAGACAUUGAACCAAUUAAGAGAAAAGAUGAAAAAGGUGUCUCCUUAAAUCUCCCAUCUGGAGGAAUAGGUUUUUGGGUGAUUCCAAAUUUAAAGUUCAAGGCAUGCAGAUUUCAUGAGGAAAAAAAAGUUGACAAACAGCAAGUGAAAAUAUUGUCGCAUCUUCUUCAAAAAGAAGAAAUGAAGGAUUUUGCAACUGAAGAACUAAUCGAAUUAUCGAAAGAACUUAAAUCACUUCUACCUGAUGAAAAUAAACAAGUAACACUUUCUAAAGAAGUCAUGGAAAAAAAACAAAUGAAACGAUUAAAAAGAGAUGUUGAAAAUAUGGAUAAAUUAUUAAAUCAAGAAAUGUUUCGUGAAGGUGAAAAUAAUCAACAAUAUCGAACUAUCAGAAAAGUUAAAACUCCAAAGAACGAAGAAGAAGAAGAAGAAGAAUUACCACUUUAUCCCGAAAAAGUAAUCAUCAUUGAUCCCGAUGAAACGAUAGCCAAGGAUGAAAUUUCCAUUGAAGAUGGUUCCGGAGCACAUGUAAUUGAUAUUGUCGAAAAGAUUCCAGAAACUAAUCAAUAUGGAAAAGUUAAACGAGAAUACAAAAUAAUGGAAAAAAAUCUCCAAGUAGAUUCAAAUCCAACGGAAUCAAAUCCAACUGAACCAAUUCCUCUUGUACCAGUUGGAGCAAAACCCGAAAUCAACACAAAAUCAUCGACAGAAAAAAUAUCCAUUAAUCGUGAGGCACGAGCAAAUAAAUAUACAAAAAAAAUUGCUUCCCUCAAUUCUCCAAAUUCCUCAAGUCCUUCACGUAAAAGAGUACGACAAAUUUUCCCAGUUAUGGGAAUGAAAGCCCCAGAUGAGAAUAAAUUACUAAAUCCAAUACCAAUGUUAAAAUUAUCCCCAAUAAAUUUAUUACCUCCAUUAACUAUAAAUGCUAUUCAAUUAAGACAAAGAGCAGCCGAUGCAUUAUCGAAAUUACGUUCAACAGUACAAGGUUUGACAAAUUCAUUGAAAACUCUUCGACCAUUUACCGUUAAAAGAGAAACAUCAAUGGAACAAAGUCGUAAUGGAGAACUAUUGCAAAAGCUCAAAGAAAGCAUUGAAAAUUUAAAAUUAAUACAAACUUCAAAUUCCUUAAAAAAUAUAUUAGGCGAUAGACAAUUAAUUGAAAAAAGUGAAGAACAAUUAAAUAAAAUAAAAAAUAAUAUACGUGUAAGCUAUGAUGAAAUGUUAGAUGAUUACAAAUCAAAUUCACUGGAUUUUCUUAGAAAAAUAAAUGAUGAAAGUAGUGUGAAAAAUUUAAUUAACACACUAAGCACUGUUGAUAGUGAUCUCAAGACAAGGUUUUCAAAUAUUUUCAAUUCUUUAAAAAACAUACAACAAAGAAAUUCUUUUAUAAAACGAGAAAUAAAAUUACCAAAAUUAUCCAAUUUAUUGAAAUUGAUAAAAAAUGAAGAUUGUGAUGAAGAGGAAUUUAAUAAUUCAUUUACUAAAGAAGUUGAAUUACUACAAUCUUUCACGCAAUUCUUUAUAAAUUAUCUAAGAAAUUAUGCAUCAGUAUUUUUUGAAUAUAACAAUCCCUCUGAAAUGUAUCCAUCAACAAAGGAACUAAUUGUUAAUACUCUCGACGAUGAAGAAAGCGAUGAACUUUCAUCUGAAGAAGAUGAAAAUUGGAAUUACAAGGACAAUAAAUAUAAAAGAAAGUCUAGAUCAGCUAAAUUCGACGAAUCAUUAAUGUCUGAUUACAAAAUUGAUGAGAAUCUCAUAAAUAAUGCAGAAUAUCAACUUAUUGAUAAAAAUGAAGAAAAAUACUCACGUAAACGAAGAGAUGCAGAAAAUGAUGAUUAUACAAAUUUAGAAAAUGAUGAAGUUAAAAAUUCUGAAGAUUCUGAAAAAUCGUCAAAGAAACGAAGAAGAAAGAAGAAAAAAAAGAAUAAAGUAAAUGAACCUGAAUAUGACAUGUAUUCUGAAGAUUAUCCAAUUUUAUCUAAAGAUACAUAUCCAAUGUAUUUAAAUUAUCCUUAUAUUCAUCCAUUAUAUGAUUUUCUACCACCACCACCACCACCACCUAAUUACGAAAAUUAUCAUCCAAAUCCAACUGUCCAGGAAUUUCCAAAUAAUUACAAUUUUCAAUUUGAUCACAUAAAUCCUGUUCCACAAUAUUUUCCACCUGUACAAUUCAUUCGACGUUUUCGUCGUCAAGCCAAUGAUAAUAUUAUAAAAACAACUGAAAAAAAUACAAUUAACGACAAUCAAGUAAUUGACAAAAAUUCAUUUAAUGAGAAUAAAAAAGAAAACAUUGAUCUCCUUGAAAAUAGUGAAAAUUCUUUGGAAUCAUCAUUAAUAAAUUGUCCCGAUAAUUUUAUUACGGAAAAAAUAAAUGACAAAGAAACAAAUGUUGAAAAUUCUGCCAUUGAAAUUUUUGAUAGUGAUGAAAUUGAAAAUUCAACAACAAAAAAAGAAAUUACAACAGUUGAUAGUAUGAAAAAUAAUUUAGAAUCGUUAAUGAGUAUGGAGAAAGUUUACGAUAAAUUUAUACCGUCAAAAGAACAUCGAAUACAUAGUCGCAAAAUGAUGCCGGAAAAUGAAAACGAUGAUUCGACAUUUUUUCAAGAUGUAACUAAAACAAUUGAAAAUAUUUUUACCUAUUUUUCUAAUAUGACUCACUAGUUAUAAUAAUUAUAUAAUAUAAUAAUUAUUGGGAAUUGCAAUAUAAUUGCUGGAAAUAAAAUGUAUAAUAAUUAUUUUAAUCUAUUUUUUAUUCUUAUUAGUGAUUAUUUAUAAAAAUUUAUAAUUAUAAUAAAUUAAAAUAACAGAUAAUAAAAUGUCUAAUAAAUUUGAAAUUGUUGUACUGAACUUGAAAAAAUAAAAAUUAUUUUUAUAAGCUUA